CUAGGGAGGAGGGAGCUGCCGCGGUGUCCCGAGCAGUGGAGCGCGGAGCCUGCGGAGCCGGGGCGACCGGGCUAGAGAGCCGCGCAGAGCCGAGCCAUGGGGGCCGCAGGGUCGCGAUGAGGACCUAGGGCACCUGUGUGCUGACCACUCGGGCCACAGUGACCAUGGCCCCCCGCAAGAGGAGCCGCCAUGGUCUGGGCUUCCUGUGCUGCUUUGGGGGCAGCGACCUCCCCGAGAUCAACCUGCGGGACAACCGCCCGCUGCAGUACAUGGAGUUCUCCAGUCCCAUCCCGAACCCUGAGGAGCUUAAUGUCUGCUUUGCAGAGCUCGUGGAUGAGUUGGAUCUCACCGACAAAAACCGGGAGGCCGUCUUCGCGCUGCCUCCCGAGAAGAAAUGGCAGAUCUACUGCAGCAAGAAGAAGGAGCAGGAGGACCCCAACAAACUGGCGACCAGCUGGCCCGACUACUACAUUGACCGCAUCAACUCCAUGGCUGCGAUGCAGAGUCUGUACGCAUUUGAUGAGGAGGAGACAGAGGUGAGAAACCAGNNNNAACACAGGCUACCCUUUGUGCUCGUGGCUCUGGCUCAUAGGUUCGUGACCCGCUUCAUCGAGCUAGAGGGCUUGGCCUGCCUGCUGAAUUUCCUGCGGAGCAUGGACCAUGCCACCUGUGAGAGCCGCAUCCACACUUCCCUCAUCGGCUGCAUCAAGGCGCUGAUGAACAACUCGCAGGGCCGGGCGCAUGUGCUGGCACAGCCCGAGGCCAUCAGUACCAUUGCGCAGAGCCUGCGCACCGAGAACAGCAAGACCAAGGUGGCCGUGCUCGAGAUCCUGGGGGCUGUGUGCCUGGUGCCCGGAGGCCACAAGAAGGUCCUGCAGGCCAUGCUGCACUACCAGGUGUACGCGGCGGAGCGCACCCGCUUCCAGACCCUGCUGAACGAGCUAGACCGAAGUUUGGGCCGGUACCGGGAUGAAGUGAACCUGAAAACAGCCAUCAUGUCCUUCAUCAAUGCUGUCCUCAAUGCUGGUGCUGGAGAGGAUAAUCUGGAAUUCCGGCUACAUCUGCGGUACGAGUUCCUGAUGCUGGGAAUACAGCCUGUGAUCGACAAACUCCGGCAGCACGAGAACGCCAUCCUGGACAAGCAUUUAGACUUCUUCGAGAUGGUCCGGAAUGAGGAUGACCUGGAGCUGGCCCGGAGGUUUGACAUGGUCCACAUCGACACCAAGAGCGCCUCCCAGAUGUUCGAGCUGAUCCACAAGAAACUGAAGCACACCGAGGCCUACCCUUGCCUGCUCUCUGUCCUGCACCACUGCCUGCAGAUGCCCUACAAGCGGAAUGGUGGCUACUUUCAGCAGUGGCAGCUCUUGGACCGAAUCCUCCAGCAGAUUGUCCUCCAGGACGAGCGGGGAGUGGACCCUGACCUGGCUCCGUUGGAGAACUUCAACGUCAAGAACAUUGUCAACAUGCUCGUCAAUGAGAACGAGGUCAAGCAGUGGCGGGAGCAGGCAGAGAAAUUCCGGAAAGACCACUUGGAGCUCGCGAGUCGGUUGGAGAGGAAGGAGCGGGAAUGUGAGACAAAGACCCUGGAGAAGGAGGAGAUGAUGCGAACGUUGAACAAGAUGAAGGACAAGCUGGCCCGGGAGUCCCAGGAGCUGCGCCAGGCUCGGGGACAAGUGGCAGAGCUGGUGGCACAGCUCAGUGAGCUCUCAUCAGGCCCUGUGUCUGCCCCCCCUCCCCCUGGAGGCCCGCUUCCCUCCAUGGCCUCCUCCUCCUCCAUGACAACCGAUGACCUGCCUCCACCCCCACCCCCUCUCCCCUUCGCCUGCUGCUCCCCACCGCCCCCGCCGCCCCUUCCACCCGGCGGGCCUCCCACUCCCCCCGGCGCCCCACCUUGCUUUGGCCUCAGCCCGCCCCCGCCUCAGGACCCUUUCCCCAGCAGCAAUGUUCCACUCAGGAAAAAGCGUGUCCCACAGCCCUCCCACCCGCUGAAGUCCUUCAACUGGGUCAAGCUGAAUGAGGAGCGGGUCCCUGGUACCGUAUGGAAUGAGAUUGAUGACAUGCGGGUAUUUCGGAUUCUGGACCUAGAGGACUUUGAAAAAAUGUUUUCAGCCUAUCAGAGGCACCAGAAAGAGCUGGGUUCCACCGAGGACAUCUGCCUGGCCUCCCGCAAGGUCAAGGAGCUGUCGGUCAUUGACGGCCGGAGGGCCCAGAACUGCAUUAUCCUUCUCUCCAAGUUGAAGCUUUCCAAUGAGGAGAUCCGGCAGGCUGUCUUGAGGAUGGACGAGCAGGAGGACCUUGCCAAGGACAUGCUGGAGCAGCUCCUCAAGUUCAUCCCUGAGAAGAGUGAUGUGGACCUCUUGGAGGAGCACAAGCAUGAGAUUGAGCGAAUGGCCCGCGCUGACCGCUUCCUCUAUGAGAUGAGCAGGAUCGACCACUACCAGCAGCGACUGCAGGCCCUGUUCUUCAAGAAGAAGUUCCAGGAGCGACUGGCAGAGGCCAAGCCCAAAGUGGAAGCUAUCCUGCUGGCCUCCCGGGAGCUGACACGCAGCAAGCGUCUCAAGCAGAUGCUGGAGGUUGUGCUGGCCAUCGGCAACUUCAUGAACAAGGGGCAGCGCGGGGGCGCCUAUGGGUUCCGGGUGGCCAGCCUCAACAAGAUCGCCGACACCAAGUCCAGCAUCGACAGAAACAUCUCUCUGCUCCACUACCUGAUUAUGAUCCUGGAGAAACAUUUUCCUGACAUCCUGAACCUGCCUUUGGAGCUACAGCAUCUCCCGGAAGCCGCCAAAGUCAACCUGGCCGAGCUGGAGAAGGAGGUGAACAACCUCAAGAAGGGGCUGAGAGCUGUCGAGGUGGAGCUGGAGUAUCAGAGACGCCAGAUGCGGGAGCCCAAUGAUAAGUUUGUCCCCGUCAUGAGCGACUUUAUCACGGUGUCCAGCUUCAGCUUCUCAGAGCUGGAAGACCAGCUCAAUGAGGCCAGGGAUAAGUUCGCCAAGGCCCUGGUGCACUUCGGGGAGCAGGACAACAACAUGCAGCCCGAGGGCUUCUUCGGCAUCUUCGACACCUUCCUGCAGGCCUUCUCAGAGGCCCGGCAGGACCUGGACACCAUGAGGAAGAGGAAGGAGGAGGAAGAGCGGCGGGCGCGCAUGGAAGCCAUGCUGAAGGAGCAGCGCGAGCGGGAGCGGUGGCAGCGGCAGCGCAAGGUCCUGGCUGGCGGCUCGCUGGAGCUGGAGGAGGGCGGCGAGUUCGACGACCUGGUGUCGGCUCUGCGCUCCGGGGAGGUGUUCGACAAGGACUUGUCCAAGCUCAAGCGCAGCCGCAAGCGCUCAGGGAGCCAGGCCCCGGACAUCACCCGCGAGCGGGCGUUGAACCGGCUAAAUUAUUGACCUGGGGACUGAGCACUCUGGAAGCCAGAGGCGGGCGGGGCCGCGAGGGCGGAGUGGAGUAGGUGGUGAGAUUACCGCUAGGUGCUGGGUGUCCAGCCCGGGGCUGGGUCCUGGGGCGGGGACUCCCCCACUUACCUUCAGGGGCUCCUCUGGUCUCCCUUAAACGAGAUUUUUUCUGGGUCCUGGCCCCCAGGGUUCAUUCUGGGAACUCGCUUGGCUAGCCCUGGCCAGGAACCCCAGGUGGUAGGUGCCUGUCCCCCAUCCCAGGCACUCAAGCGUCAGACCAGAAUUGUUUCAGAUCUAGACCCGUGAAGUCCAUGGACCGUGUCCAGAUCUCCCGUGCCAUGGGAAUGGCGGGGAGCAGAUUCCCAGGGAGUGAGCAAGGGAGAUCCCAGCUCCUGGCUCUCAUUUGGGACCAGUUUUCAGCUUGGCUGGGAACAAGGAAGACAUGGUAUGCGAGAGCAGCCAGCUCAGCUCUGGCCCGCUCCAGAAAAACCAAGGUGCGAGGGUGGGGCAGGGCCGACAGGAGCGGCUCCGGGUGUCGGAGGUCCUUUGAUCUUGCCUUUCGCCAUCCAUCGCCACUAAUCCACAGUUCAGAAACUACCCCCCACCCCCGUGCUCCAGGAUUACGGGUUACACCAAGCUGCGUCGGGUAAGGGGGGGGGGUCCAAGAAAGACCUGCACCCACACACCCGUGCUGCAGACCUGAGGGCCUCUUGAGCACGCCCCACAGCACCAGCCCAUUGUCAAAGUGAUGCACAGCAACCUCACUUGUGGCCAGUGGUGACAAAUACCAGCGGGUGACCCUUGAAUGCCACACUCCUGCAGGAGCACCCCAGCCUAUGCUGGGUAUUAUCAUGUAGCCCCCGCCCUUUCUCUACCACCACAGGGCAGAAACUGCCUUGGCUGCACAUCCUGCAGACCGCUUGGAACUGCAAGUGCCUGGCCCUGGGGAACUUGAGUCCUGAGAGCCAGGGCUGCCCUGGGCCUUUCCAUGUUGCCAUCUCUUAGGUGGCCUCUCGGUCAGGUCCGGUGUUGUGGGGCCAUGCACAUGGGGAAGGCUGGCUUAGUUGAGGGUACCCGGUCUCUGGUGCUGUUUGGCUCUUCCCUGAGUUUCAGGGGGCUUUUUG